CUAAUUUCCCAUUUAUAUAUGGGAUAAGAGAUUCAACAAUAACAAAGAAAGUAGAGAGAAAGUAGAUCUCCGGCGGACUGUCGGCACGUGAGCGUGCGUGCCGUCGCCGGAGAUCGUCAUCCUUAAGAUAAAAGUGUCCGUUUGUGUCUCACUUUCAGUUCUUACGACAUCCACCUUGCCUGAGUUCUGGCCAGCCACCUCUUGUGGGUUUCUGUAACUGGAGUGAAGACGCGGAGGUUUGGAAGGAGUGAAGAAGUGAAGAUGAGUGUGGUUUUGGUUCCGAAAGGUGGAGGCUACGUCAGAUCCACUGCCGCCGGUUUUAAUCGCUGAGAGGCAGAAGUUCCUUCAACUUUGCCGUCGUCGGCUCAAGGUGAAGGCUCCGUCAGCCUUACGUCGCCGGCUUCAGAUUUUCUGAGUUUGUUUUGUUUGUUUCGAGUUUGGGUUAUGGUCAUGGAGAGGAAGAGGUUCUCGGCUUGUGAUCUCUAGGGUUAUGAAGCUUCGCCGUCGGAUGAGCUCUCUUCAGAGGGAUGAUGCUCUCCGUCAACGUUUCAGGAAGGUGAAGAAGAGAUUUGGUUUCGGUGGAGGCUUGAAGGGAUAAUGAGCUCCGGCGAAACGAGGGUUUAGUGGUUUCGGUACGGCGGCUCGGUGAGGCGGAGUCGGUCGGGUCGAGGCGGAGCGAUGCGUGGCGCACUGACGGUCAGGAUCUCCACACGUGUCUCGCGUCAGCCUCCUCGACGCACGCGUACCCGAGCCUGUCGGUGCUGGGUUCGAGGGUUUGGGCUUUGUGCCGUUUUAGCUUAUUGGGCUUCGGUUUUUGGUUGGUUUUGUUAGCCCGGUAGUAUUGUGGGCUUUUGUAUCUGGGUUUCGGCCGUUAGGCUUGGCCCGUUCUCUUUAAUAAAACAAAAAUUUGAUGGAAAAAAAAAGAGAUUCAACAGUUGGUGAGACAGAUGUAAAAGCCAAUAGCAUUGGUGACUCUUCUUCUUCCAGGGUAUAGCAAUUCUCAAGAGAAUUUUGAUUUUAAGACUAAGAAAACAAAAAUUAAAAAUGUACAUACAUCACUAUUAUAAAUGUAUCUUUGUAAUUAUAUUCUUUAAAAUUCUUUAAAAAUGUACUAAGUGGGUAAAAUAUAUCCUGUAAAAUAUUUCAUUCCUUAAAGAUAUAUAUUUUUAGUGUUUUUACGGAUAUUAAAAAAACACAUUAAAUCACUAUUUUAAAUGUAUCUUUUGUAAUUCAAUUUUUAAUAACUUUUAAUCAAUAGUAAUUCAAUAAAAUUCAAUUUUUUUUUUAAGUUUACAAUUUCUCCUACAAAACGUAAGCAUAUAUUUUUAUGAACUAAAUUAUUUUUCUAAAACAUCUAUCUUACUGGAACGGAUCUAGUAUGUAUUAAUGGUCAGUACAUCUCUGUAUCUACAUAUGUGUAGUAGUAUUUUUUUUGGUUAUCAUAAAAAUAUAUAUUUUUAAUUAUAAUCAAAAGAAUUAUUCAGUUUUAUAUUUUACAUAUAAAAUAUAUAGAUCUCUUAUAUAAAGCAUUUAAAAAAUAAAAUAAAGCAGAUAUAUAUAUAUAUAUAUAUAUAUAUAUUUUUUUUUUAUAAAUUUUAUAGUAUAUUGCAUAAACUAAGUUUUAAAUUUAUAUUAUAUUAUACAACCAUAUAAUAUAAUUCAAGUUUAUCUUUCAAAUGAGACAAUACUUUGUUGUGGCAUAUUUAAGAAAUAUAGAACAUAAAUUUAACUUUCCAAUUUCUCUCCUCUCUCAUUUGUGCUACUUUGAUAUUGUAAGAACAUCUCAAAAGAUAUUUUAUUUUCAAGUUUGUGAAUACUACAUAAUUAAUACUAAAUUACAAGUGAAAUACCACACUAUUCCAAAUAAAACUAUUUUCGUAAUACUCUCAUAUAUGAUCAACUCGUGAAUUUGAUAAGUCUCUUUUGUAAUAUUGUUGUUGUGUAAAUCCAGUUUUAAAAUAUUUAAAAUAUUUUAAAUUUUUAUUUAAUUUUAUGUGUAGAAGUUAAAUUUAUAAAAAAAAAUUUGAAAUAUUUGUGAGUGAAGAUUUUUUAAGGAGUAAAACGAUAACGACAAAAUAUUUAAAAAUUAUAAAUGUGAUAUAUAAUUGUAAUGACCAAAAUGCAAAAUACAAAAAAUUAAGAGUGUAGAAAGAUUUUCUCUACAAUUCAUAGCAUUUUGUUUUACCGUAGAGUUGUGUGAUCAUUCUUAUUCACACAUUUUAUUUUGCGAGGCUUAAAUAUUGAUGUAUAAAAAAAUGACUUUAAAAAUCACGAGGUGGUAGUCUAUGAUUACAUUUAUGAAACCAGAACGAUUGAGUUCAUAAGAACUUUAUUGAAAGAUAGAAAUAACUCAUAAAACUUUAUUCUUAAACAAAGAAAUUAAAGGAAAUAACUUUAGGUUUGUCACCAAGAAAAACAAGAUUGUAUUUGAUUCAUAAAAUGAGACUGAAACAGGCUGCAACUAUUGCAGCCAAGGUUGCAUUCAUCAACACAUCUAACGAUAUAUAUAUAGCUAAGAAACCCUAGUUACAUGCUCAUUAAGACUUCUUGUUGGAUCAUAAGAUGGGCUUCAGUGUGGGCUUCAAUUUCCUCCUGCAAACUUGGCAUCGGGUGGUGAAUCAAGCAGUUGAGACAAGUUUGAAGAUGCAGAUAGAGCUGGUUUUGAAAGGAACAUAAGUAGUUGAAGGUCUAUAGGAAAUAGGUAGAUGAUUAUUCAGCUUGGAGAGUGACAUAAGUAUGAGAACAUAUUCAGAUUAUUUUGACCUAUUUGUCUCACAAUAGAUUGGGGAUUUUUUGUCAUCCUCCUAACUCGACUAAGCUAUCUCACGACCAAAGAGAAAUCUAUUCUACAACAGCCUAAACCUCAACUCUCUAUUUCCUAUCAAUCGUGAGAAGAAACAUGACAUGUGACUUGGAGAAACCACUAGUUCUGUUUGAAAAGUCAUUAUCCUCUUCGAACAGCUUGGCCAGCCUCACCAAUACACCAACUUUUCUUUACCAAUGCGUGUCUCUUCUCUGACUUCAUCACUGCCGAAAAGAUUUCAAAAACAUGACUGGAUUUUAUCAGACAGAGUAAACUAAGGCUUGAAGAUGAACAGAAUAAUCCUAUGAACCGUCUAUGAAGAAGGAGAGCUUGAAAAAUGGAAAAAGUCUCCUCCUUUCUUUGGAUUUCGAGUUCAGGAACCAAACUCCAUUGAAAGUGACAACGAAGCUGACUUGAUAAGUUUAGCAGAAGUUCUGAAAGAGGAAUAAUAUCCAUGAACCGACUAAAGCUCUGAUACCAUGAUAACAUUUAUGAAACUAGAAAGAUUGAGCUCAUAAGAGCUUUAUUGAAAGAUAAAAUAGCUUGUAAAACGUUAUUCAUAAACAAAGAAACAAAAUGAAAGAGCUUUAAAUUUGUCACCAAAAUAAACAAAAUUGUAUUUGAUUCAUAAAAUGAGAUUGAAAGAGGUUGUACUAUGGCAGCCAAGGUUACAUUCAUCAACACAUCUAACGACAUAUACAUAGUUAAGAAACUCUAGUUACAUGCUCAUUAAGACUUCUUGUUAGAUCAUAAGAUAGGCUUCAGUGUGGGCUUCAAUAGUCUAGAGACAGUUCGAAAGCACCCCACUACGCUUCAAUUUGUAACCACAUGGACAUGAAACCAUUUUAUAGGUCUCAUUUGAAAAUUUGGAGUGUGAAUCCGUUCGUAGAUCGCAACAUUCCUUUAAAAUAGUUAGGGUCUUUCCAUAGGCUUGGGAUAUUUCCAAGUUUUAUUUAAAAAACGAAAAUAUGUGGGCGGUGACUAUGUUGUAUAAAAAUAUUGUCAGUAUGGUAUAAGUAUAUAACGUAUUUGUUAGAUGUAUGUAUGGAUUUUUUUUUAAACUAAUCUUGAAUGUUAACAAUUGUUUUAUAAAGCAACAUAUGAACGAUACAUAUACCAGUUGACUGGGUACAUGUAACUCAUUUCAUACAAAGCAUCAGUACUAAAACCAAUAAUGCCCAUUGCCCAUAAUAGAUAGUGCAAAUUAUUGUUGACAAAAAAAAUGAUCGUGCAAAUUAUUCUAACUCUGUUAGCUGGGUAUAUGUUCUCCAAUCCAUCGGUCUCCUCAGGCCUUUAUUUCUUUGUUUAAACCUGGCGUAACUAUACCUUUUUGCUUUUUUUCAGUUGGGAUUAGCGGUCAUCAUAUUCCAAAUCAUAUGUAUUGGGCUGCCUAAAGCAAAAGAAACUAUAAGUCUAUAUAACCCGUUUUUGAUGAGAUUUAGCCCAAGGUCUAAUGCAUGAUUUUCAAAGGAAGGUAGAUUUACCAUGUAAUAAUGGCAGUCGUAGUUAAAGUUCAAAAAAAAAAAAAAAAAUGGCAGUCGUAAUGUACAUAUGAGACAAUUCCCUUCAUUAUAAGUACUUAGAUCAUGCCUUGUAAAAUAAAACGAAAAGGUAGAUCAUGCAAAAAAGGAUAGAAUAAAUUAUAAGGACUACCAAAGUCCAAAGGAUUCAAAAGCAUUUGAAUAAAUACAAACUUAAAUGGACAAAGUACCUUGAGAAGGCAAUGUUGAAUUUUGUUCCUUUUGGUCUCACUCAUUGUAACCGGCCAGAUGAACCGAGUUUAUAAAGUCCAAAGAGUAACAUCUGACUCGUAUAAUUCCAAUAGUUUUUCUUUUGGGUUACAUUCUCUUUUUUUAUCCCCCUUAAGAAACCAAUGGAGGAGAAAGCGAAGAGGAUCACGAAUGGAGACGGAGGCAAUCAGAAAGUAGCGUUUUACAAGCUUUUAACGUUUGCAGAUCGAUACGACAUCAUUUUAAUGGCUGUUGGGACUAUCUCCGCCAUGGCCAACGGCCUAGCUCAGCCGAUUAUGUCAGUACUCAUAGGCAAAAUCAUUAACGUCUUUGGCUUCUCUGAUCACGAUCACAUGGUUAAAGAAGUCUCCAAGGUUGCUGUGAGGUUUCUUUACCUUGCAGUCUACGCGUGCCUUGUGUCUUUCCUGCAGGUCUCAUGUUGGAUGGUAACUGGGGAGCGUCAGUCCGCCAGAAUUCGAGGGCUAUACCUCAAAACAAUAUUAAGACAAGAUAUUGGCUUUUUUGACACCGAGACAAACACCGGUGAAGUCAUCGGAAGAAUGUCCGGGGACACCAUUCUUAUUCAAGAGUCCAUGGGAGAAAAGGUUGGGAAAUUUAUACAGCUAAUAUCAACAUUCUUUGGUGGAAUCACAGUCGCUUGUAUAAUUGGCAGACGCCUCACAGUAGCUCUUAUUCCAUGCAUUCCAUUGAUCGUGGCCACUGGUGGUGCAAUGGCCUUGAUCAUGUCCAAAAUGGCUGGUCGUGGCCAACUCGCUUAUGCGGAAGCUGAAAAUGUAAUAGAACAAGCUGUUGGGUCGAUUAGAACAGUAAGUUUUCGCGCAGUCCGAAAUUCUUUUUUUUUAGAUAAUCACAUACAUUCAUAUCACACAUUUUUGAUGUUUUGUCAGGUAGUGGCAUUCACCGGAGAGAAACAAGCAACCCAAAAAUAUGAGAAGAAGCUCGAGAUUGCCUAUAAAUCUAUGGUUCAACAAGGGCUCUUCUCGGGUCUAGGCCUUGGAGUAAUGAUGGUUGUAAGUUAUUGUACAUAUGGUAUUGCCAUUUGGUACGGUGCUUGGCUGAUAAUGGAGAAGGGAUAUACUGGAGGUCAAGUCAUGAACGUGAUUUUCGCAAUUUUGAGUGGAGGAAUGUCGUUGGGGCAGACAUUACCUUCUCUUAACGCUUUCGCGGCCGGACAAGCCGCAGCCUACAAAAUGUUUGAGACUAUAAGAACAAAACCAAAGAUAGAUAUUUAUAGCAUGAGUGGUAAGGUUUUGAACGAGAUUAAAGGAGACAUUGAGCUAAAAGACGUGUAUUUUCGAUAUCCAGCAAGACCUGACGUGCAGAUCUUUGCUGGAUUUUCGCUGGUUGUACCAAAUGGCACAACCGUGGCUUUGGUUGGGCAGAGUGGAAGUGGAAAAUCAACAGUGAUCAGUCUGAUUGAGAGGUUCUAUGAUCCGGAAUCAGGAGAAGUUUUAAUUGAUGGAAUUGAUUUAAAGAAGCUUCAGUUAAGAUGGAUCAGAAGCAAGAUUGGUUUAGUAAGCCAAGAGCCUAUACUUUUCGCAACCACAAUCAGGGAGAACAUUGUUUAUGGGAAAGAAGAUGCAUCCGAUGAAGAAAUUAGAACCGCGGUUAAGCUGGCCAGUGCUACUAGGUUUGUCGACAAACUGCCGCAGGGGUUGGACACAAUGGUAGGAGAUCACGGGACACAAUUAUCUGGUGGACAGAAGCAGAGGCUCGCGAUUGCUAGGGCCAUAUUGAAAAACCCUAAAAUCUUGCUUCUUGAUGAAGCAACAAGUGCUUUAGAUGCGGAAUCAGAACGAACAGUUCAGGGCGCUCUUGUUAAGCUAAUGUCAAGCCGGACAACCAUCGUGGUGGCUCAUCGGCUUACCACUAUUAGAACUGCGAACAUGAUCGCCGUUGUGCAGCAGGGCAAAAUCAUCGAGAAAGGAACUCACGAGGAGAUGAUUCAAGAUCCCGAGGGAGCGUAUUCACAGCUUGUUAGUCUACAAGAAGUAUCAAAGAAAGAAGGAGUCGAGGAAUCGGAGCCGCAUGAGACGGUAUCCGUUAGUCACAACCAAACUGAUUUUGAUUUACCGAGACCGGUUAAUUUGAACCAAACCGAAGAAAUCCACGAGAAUAACUCUUCCAACGAAAACAAAACGUCCAAGAAACGCAAGAAAGUAUCGUUGAGACGGCUUGCUCACCUCAACAAACCAGAGAUUCCAGUUUUGUUGGCCGGUUCAUUGGCUGCAGUGGUUCACGGUAUUGUGUACCCGGUCCAAGGGUUGCUUAUGUCUAGCACCAUCAAGAUAUUCUUCGAGCCUUCAGAUCAACUACGUAAAGAUUCACAUUUCUGGGCUAUCAUCUUCGUCUUGCUCGGUUUAACGGAUCUGAUCGUGGUUCCGUUUCAAAACUAUCUGUUCGCUAUAGCUGGAGGAAGACUUAUCAAACGCAUUAGAUCAUUAUCUUUUGAUAAAGUUAUUCACCAGGAGAUUAGUUGGUUCGAUAAUACCGCAAAUUCUAGUGGCGUGAUUGGAGCAAGAUUGUCUACAGAUGCUGCGGCAGUGAAGAGUAUAGUGGGUGAUGCUUUGGCGUUGAUAAUGCAAAAUAUAGCGACUGUAGUCGCUGCAUUGAUUAUAGCGUUUGCCGCUAAUUGGAUAUUAGCUAUAAUCAUCCUUCUUAUGACACCAGUUAUAGUCCUUCAGGGAUACUUUCAGACCAAGUGUAUAACCGGUUUUAGCGCAAACGCAAAAGAAAAAUACGAAGAAGCAAGUCAGGUGGCAAGUGAUGCGGUGAGCAGCAUAAGAACGGUUGCAUCAUUAUGCGCAGAGGAUAAAGUGAUGGAUCUGUACCAACAGAAAUGCGAGGCACCAAAGAAACAAGGUGUCCGGUUAGGACUUGUGAGCGGUUCAGGCUACGGUAUCUCAUUCUUGGCUCUCUACUGCAUCAACUCCUUAUGUUUUUACGUUGGUUCCUGGUUGAUUCAGAAGAGGAUGGCCACGUUUGGAGAAUUCUUUCAGGUUUUCUUUGCGUUAACUAUGACCGCACUAGCAGUGUCUCAAACGAGUGCUAUGGCACCUGAUAGAAACAAAGCCAAAGACUCUGCUGCUUCUAUUUUCGAGAUACUUGAUAGUAAACCGAAAAUUGAUUCGAGUUCCAACAAGGGGACAGUGUUACCAAUUGUGCACGGUCAUAUCGAGUUUCAACACGUCAGUUUCCGGUAUCCGACACGACCAGAUAUUCAGAUUUUUAGUGACUUAUGCUUAACUAUCUCCUUUGGACAGACCGUGGCAUUGGUUGGAGAGAGCGGGAGUGGGAAAUCUACGGUGAUAAGCUUAAUCGAGAGAUUCUACGAUCCAGAUUCAGGCAACAUUCUCUUGGAUCAAGUUGAUGUUCGAACAUUGAAACUGAGUUGGUUAAGGCAACAGAUGGGUUUGGUUAGUCAAGAACCGGUUUUAUUCAACGAGACGAUCAGAUCAAACAUAGCUUAUGGAAAAACCGGUGAAGCCACAGAGGAAGAGAUCAUAACCGCGGCCAAAGCAGCUAAUGCGCAUAACUUCAUAAGCACGUUACCGCAAGGCUACGAAACUUCGGUAGGUGAACGCGGUGUACAGUUAUCCGGUGGUCAGAAACAGAGGAUCGCCAUAGCUAGGGCUAUUCUCAAGGAUCCUAUGGUUUUGUUGCUUGACGAAGCAACAAGCGCGUUAGAUGCGGAGUCUGAGCGGGUGGUGCAGGAUGCGCUUGACCGCGUGAUGGUGAACCGGACCACGGUUGUGGUGGCUCACCAGCUCGCUACGAUUAAGAACGCGGAUGUUAUUGCGGUUGUGAAGGACGGUGUGAUCGCGGAGAGAGGAAGACAUGAAACGUUAAUGGAGAUAUCAGGUGGUGCUUAUGCUUCGCUUGUAGCUUUUCACAUAAGUGCGAAUUGAAAAAACG